AUGACAGACUACAAGAACCCCAACUUACCCAACAAAUCCUCAGAAGCAAGACAGGGUAGGGAAAAUCAACGAUACAAUGAAGAGACUGGCGCAAGAAUUGUCGCUGGGUGUAUAUGCUUGAAUGAAACCAAGGACAAAGUGAUUAUGAUUUCAUCGGCAAAGCACAGAGACCGGUGGAUCGUACCCAAAGGUGGUAAUGAAUUGGAUGAGCUGGAAUUGGAAACAGCAGUGAGAGAGACUUGGGAAGAAGCAGGCGUAGAAGGUAUCAUUGCCAAGAAGUUGCCAGUGGUAUUGGAUUCGCGGGGUCACAAAGCUCCAGUGAUAAAAGGCGACUUUGAUUCCAAGCAUAUACCUAAAAGUGAGUUCCACUUUUUUGAGCUACAAGUUGACCAAUUAAGCACAACUUGGCCAGAAAUGAAGAAGCGAGAAAGAAGAUGGUGCACUUACUCUGAAGCUAAGCACGAGUUGCUCAAACUGAAACGCCCUGAACUUGUGGAAGCCUUGAACCUGAGCUCUAUAGUGAAGGAUACAGAUGUUAAAACAGUUGACGAAUAUUAA